CUUCGUUGAAAUUAUCAUAUUUUAAUUCAUGAUUUUUCACAUUCGUUGCUACUGCAACGUUCAAUCAGCUUCUCGAUCUUGACAUAUUCUGGAAACCUCCGAACGCAGAGGAGAAGUUUGGUGGUACCUCCUUCAGUCCGCCGUGAGCUUGGAAUUGUGCCAGCCGCAAGCUUGUUAUUGUGUGUCUAAGUGUUAACAGCCAGCCGCAAUCUUGGCCGUACCUCCUUCACUCCGACCGUUGUGCGAUAGAUGCAUUCAAUAAAGGGUUCAGGACUAUUUUGCUGCAUGAAGGCCAUCCAGUAGCUUUCCUGUCAGGCUUUAUUAGAACAAUCACAAAAUAAGUCAUACCUUAUCUCCGGCAGAUCACUUGCAAAUAUUACUAAUUCCCACAAAGGACAAUCGUAGGGCUGUGAGCAGGGAAGAGGGUUUAGCACUUGGUAAAGAAUUGGGGUGUUUGCCUCUUCAAUGUAUGGUAAAACAAGGGAAAAUAUGGAGCAGUGCUUUGAGGAACUUGCUCUAAAGGUUUAACUUAGACUCUUAAAGUCUCAUAACCGAACAGUUCAAUGCAGAAAAGUUCUGGAAAUAUUAUAGGCCAUUUCCUUGGAGGUUUAUAUUGUUAUCUAAGAAGAUGCAUGUUUGCCAUUUUAUCCGUGGGUCCUGUGCCAAGUCAUAUUGCUUUCAUCAUGGAUGGGAAUCGAAGGUAUGCAAAGAAGAGAAACAUGGAAGAAGGUGAUGGCCAUAAGGCUGGAUUUACUGCUCUCAUGUCCAUCCUUAGAUACUGUUAUGAAUUGGGAGUGAAGUAUGUCACUGUCUAUGCAUUCAGCAUUGAUAACUUCAAAAGGAAGCCUAAUGAGGUUCAGUCCUUGAUGGAAUUGAUGCGGGAAAAGAUUGAAGAGUUGCUUCAACAAGAAAGUCUUAUCAAUGAAUACGGUGUUAGAUUACAUUUCAUUGGAGACUUGCAACUAUUGACUGAGCCUGUCAUAGCUUCUGUGGAAAAGGCAAUGAGAGUUACUGCUCACAACAACCAGAGAGUUCUUUUGGUUUGCAUAGCCUAUACUUCUCGUCACGAGAUGGUGCAUGCUGUUCAAGAAUGCUGCAAGGAAAAAUGGAAUGAAGUUCAAGCAUCAAAAGAAGCAAAACUUACAAAUGGUGCAUUUGCAAGAAUUGAUCAGGGCCUGAAAGGAAAUGGUUUUGAUUUGCUUUUUCAAGAUUUAUGUAAAGACUAUCAAAAUGCAACCAAAGCUUGUAAUAGUGUACCUAAACGAGUGGAACCUGCUGGAGAGAAAGAUGGCAUGUUGGAGCAUACUGUUGAAAAAGGUAACGAUAGUGAAGCUGAAAUCACAUCAUGCAAUGAGCUGGUUGAAAUGACUGAAGAGAGAAAGUAUAACCAGGGUGAUGUUCCUUUAAUAAAACUGGUGGAUAUUGAGAAGCACAUGUACAUGGCAGUGGCACCUGAUCCAGACAUCUUGAUCCGAACUUCUGGAGAGGCUCGACUCAGCAAUUUUCUUCUUUGGCAGACUAGUACCUGCCCUUUGUAUGCACCAACUGCACUUUGGCCUGAAAUAGGCCUAAGACACUUGGUCUGGGCAGUAUUGAACUUUCAGAGACACCAUUUUUAUUUGGAAAAGAAAAGGAAGCAGUUUUAACUGUAUCCUUAUUGUCAAAAAUUCAUAGUGUAGUUCAUGUGAUGGCAGUUUCCUUUUUAUAAAGACUAGUUUUUGCUUUUUUUAUUUUAUUUUAUUUAUAAGAAUUGUUGAAAUUAUAAGAGUUUAAGUAGCCCAAGGGGAUAAGAAAGAGAAAAAACUUUGGAUAGUAGAAUGUAAUAUUGAUAUGUGCUGUGCAAUGAUGUCUUAUCAAAUACAAUGAACAAGAACUUAUUUAUUUCAAGAA